GAAGCGUGCGUAUUGUCGCGAGCGCAGAUACUUGGAAAUUAAUCCAGUGCGGUCUGAAAUCCCGUAUCGGUCGGUGUCUGAAUCGAAAAAAAAUUGUGUAUAUACCCGUACCUCUCGCCGACACACACACACAGAAACCAUGUUUCAAGACUCCGUGUUCUCGGACGAUGCACUCGAGCUCGUGGUGAGAAAUGAACUGAAAGGCUCGAACGAGGACCACGAAGAGCUCGCCAUCCAAAUACUCGUGCAGUCGCACGCCAAGGAGAGCUGCAAUCCUCUGCUCGACUGUCGUCGCCUCGUCAUCGCUUAUCGGACCAGCGACGACCCGCGGCGCGCUCGGGCGCUCGACGUGUGCUACGUGAUACGACCCGAGCCGGACCGCCCGAAGCUGAGACAGUUCUACGACAAGGAGCUCGACUUCUAUUCGGACGUCGUGCCGUGUCUGCGGCCCCACAUCGCGCCGCCGGGCUUCUGUCCCGAGCUUCUCAUGCACGAUCGCGACGGUUUCUGCAUGUUUUUCGAGAAUCCCCAGCAACGCGGCUUCCAUCGCGCGGUGAAGCAAAAGUGGUCGACGAGCGAGCUCCACGCGAUCGCCAAGACGAUGGCGCGCUUUCAGGCCGCGGCUUGGCUGACCGAUCGGGCGCGAGGCGGCGGCAGGCCCCUGCACGAGGACCAUCCGUGGCUGCUGCCGCGCGGUAGACGCAGCAACGAGGAGGCCGAGAUAAGAGGCAUGAACCGCCAGAUCCGCUUCAUCGAGAGGAUAGCUCGGGACGAGCUGCGCCAGAGCACCAAGUGGAUCAGGCGGGUGAUAAUCGACGGUUAUCGGCUGGUGCGCGACUGGCAGGACGCCGACGGACGACUGAAGAUGACCUUGGCCCACGGACGGACCUGGUGCAGCGAGAUCCUGUUCAGAUCCGCUGUGGAGCCCGUCGCCUGGUUCAGGGAUUGGAACAUGGUGCGCUACGCGCCCCUCACCCUCGACCUCGUGCAAUUCGUCCACAUCAGGUGCGAUCGGAACACUCGACUGUACGGCCUGCUCCAGAUAAUCAAGGCCUAUCAUGAGGAGCUGGAGCGUUGCCUGCUCCGAGGGGGCGUCCCGCAAGAGGAUAUACCCAGUCGCGAGGCCAUCCACAAGGAAUUCGACGAGCUCCGGUUGGCCGGCCUGCACUACGCCGCUCUCUACGUGCCCACGACGGCGAUCGGUUUCGAGGCGCUGCUCAGGGACACGUUAGGCAACGAUCAGGAGCUGCUGGAAAAGUUGAACAGGCUGCAGCGAGCGGACAAUCACGCGGACCUGCUGAAGCACUACAGGAGCGACGAGCAGUACCAGGGCAGAAUAAACGAGCUCGUGCUGGAGAUCGUCAGAUACGGCGAGAAGCACGAGGCGAGAGAGAGGGAGGCGAAAGAGAGGGAGGAACGAAGGCAGUGGGGUUUAUUCAAGAGACUACGUGUGUGGGUAGAAGACAAAAUUGUACCUCCUCGACGUUGAUAUUUUGUAAUUGUGAUUGUAUGUAAUCGAUGUAAGUGUGUAUUUCUUGGAUCGUUCAAUCUUGUGAAAGAUUAUUCAUUUUAUAAAACUCGACGUACUUUAUUAUUAUUAUAUUCGCCCCGUAAUAUAGACGCACUUACGAGAGAAAGUAAAUAAACAAAUGGAACAAUAAACAAUGUAUUGUUCGCUCAACAGGAAAA